AUGUCAACUCAAAAAGAGCAACGUGUAAUUUUAAACGUAGGCGGAAUUAAGUAUGAAACCUACCGUUCAACACUAACAGCCUAUCCGGACACAAUGCUUGGUACAAUGUUUCAAGAACGUAAUAAUUCCAUGCUUCACCCCACAGAUGGUGCCAAUGAAUAUUUCUUUGACAGAAAUGGUUAUGCGUUUCGAUUUAUAAUAGAAUUUUAUCGUACGGGCAAAAUCUUAUGGGAAGAAACCUAUGAUACCGCAGUUGGUGGACCGAUAAAUGUCUCGCGUAAUGAAUUACACGAGGAAAUUGAAUAUUUUCGCAUUCCAUAUGAUAUCAAUGUCGAUUGUAAAAGAUCAAAAUUUAAAAAACGUCCAGCCGAGGUGAUUGAUGCGUUUGUGAAUGUGUUAGAGUCAUUCGUUGAUGCCGCACUACAAGGAUGGCAUGGUGAUGUAAAAAUUUACUUAUAUGAGGAUACGAUUUCAUUCAAGGCUUUCCUUGAUAACGAAGAAGUUUCAAAUAAUCGUAAUUUUACUGAUCAGAAUAAUUUUGUGAUAUUUAAGAAGAUGGGAUAUCGGGUGUUAAAAUCUUUUGCCAAGGAUAUUGCGAAUUAUUUUAAGAAAAUGAUUCCGGGGCUGGUUUGGGAUUGUCACCAUUUUGACAGGCAGAUUCCCCAAGUUACAUUACCUCAUUUUUCUUUAAAAAUUUCUUUUGGUGAUCGAUAUUCCAAGGGAUUAUUAGAAAGCACAAAUUUUUAUUCUAAUUUGAAGAUAAUGAAUGAUGAAAAUUAA